AUGGCAGCCACAAGCACGGAUAAGUUGGAGGCAGGAACGGUUUCAAGUUAUGACAGGAAAAGUGAAAUCAAGGCAUUUGAUGAUUCAAAGACUGGUGUCCAAGGACUGGUAGAAAAUGGUGUAACAAAAGUUCCACUUAUGUUCUAUUGUGAAAACUCUAAUCUCAAUGAUGGCAUAACCAGUGCAUCAAAUUCAAAGAUCAGCAUCCCCAUAAUUGACCUCACAGUCAUCCAUGAUGAUCCUAUUUUGAGAGAUCAUGUUGUGGGAAAAGUUAGAUAUGCAUGUGAGAAGUGGGGCUUCUUUCAGGUUAUAAAUCAUGGAAUUCCAACUCAUGUUUUGGAUGAGAUGAUCAAAGGAACUUGCAGGUUUCACCACCAAGAUGCAAAGGCGAGGAAAGAGUACUACACUCGCAAAGUAAGCCGAAAAGUUGCUUAUCUUUCCAAUUAUACUCUUUUUUAA